UAAAAAUAAAAGCCGACGUUUGAAAAUUCCUGAAAAAAAGGCACUACUACUACUUAAGAAACAAAUAUUCGAUCCUUUUAUUCCACCAAUUUUCCCCAAUUCCCGGGAAAAAUCUACCCCCAAAUCGGAGAGUUCUCCCUGAAACCCUAGCCCAAUUGCAUAUUUCAAAAUAAAUCGAUGGAAAUCUCCCUAAUUUCUGAUACAUUAAAGUCGAUCGUUUCAACCCAGGCCGGUUUAAGCUUGGGAUUUUCAAGGUUCCUAAUUGCAUCGUCGGACCAAUCACCCACGGGCUCCCUCCAAAUCUCCGCCACGAUGUUCCCCUUCGACGCCGUAGCGCCACGGCCCCCGGUGAAAUCCAGUCGGGUCAAGACAUUACCUCGUAGGCAGCUGAAGCAGAGGCGUCGCACCAGGAAGAGAUCGCUGACCAGCGACGAUGACGGCGGUUCCGGUGACGGUGAGGAAAUUUUCGGGUUUUUCGCCGGUGACGGCGAUGGACCAUUUAAUAACAAUAAUAAUGGCGGUGGUGGAGGAUACGGUGGAGGGAAUUGGAAUUUUGGUCGGGAUGAAUUCUUUUCUGAUGAUAAUGGCAGCAAUAACUCUUAUCAGGAUCCGGCGUUUGAUUUCGUUUACGAGGUAUUGUCAUGGAUUGUUUUGUCGAACUGUUUGCAUUUUGCUUAUAAUAAGCUCAUGAGAAUCGUGGCUGAUGGAUUUAGUGAUCCUGCGAGGGAGAAGGUUGCCAUUCAAUUGGAAUCUGUUUGUUAAUUUGAUUAAUUGGCAAUGACUUAUUAGGCUCAAUUCUUCCGCCCGAGGGCGUUGAUUAUGUCUCUUAGAUCAAAGUAUAAAUGGUUAAAGGUUUCAGGGGUGCCUCAAAGCUGGCACAUGGAUACUGUGUCUUAUGGACACAUAGAUUGUAAAUAAGCUAUCUUUAGGAUUAUGUUCUGUGUCAUUGACAAGCUAUUAUAUUUUAGUUUGACAGUUAAUGUAAAUAUUGUUCAUUUAUUUGAUUGUUUUGGUGCCUUACAAAGAUCUAGUUUGCUGUUAUUUUGAAUUUAAUGUUUUGUUUUGUGACUGAAUUUGCUUACGUAUGUCAGCUUUUGGAAUUUGAGAUCACUUAUCUCAAUAGUCAAAAUUGGUUUGUUUGUACUGAUCUAUGUUAUGUAGCCUGUUAUUAUCUGAGGAUGGAAGGAGAUGCUAAGUUUAGAUUACCUAAUGCAACAGGUUGAGGUAUUGAAUUUAUUGGAUUUUGGACUUGAGACGUGAGAUUUUGGUUUGAAACUUGUAAAUCAGAUAGGAAGCUGAUGCGUGCCACGUGAAAAUGGCUUGUUUCUAAUUGUUGAUUUUGUUCAUCAGCUGAGUGAAUGGUACUAGAUUUUAAUAAUCUAAAGGCAACUUGUUGUAACUUUGCAAAUGAUUGUGUCUGUUGUGAAUGAGUCAGUGUCAAGAUUAGGAUGUUUAAGCUUUUAUAAUGUUAAGGAUGACAAUCUAUCAUGAUUAGUGAUGUGGAGGUAGAGACUUCUUAUAGCAGCUGGAAUCCAAAAUAGUUUGACAAUUGGGUGCAGCUGUUUCUGGCAUACUUGGGAGGAAUGGUGAGAAAUGUAUUGUAAUGAUGGAAGAGGAACCAUUUCGUCUAUUCUUUUAUUUAUCAUUAGUCUUCCUACCCUUCAAGUGAUAUCAUCUUGUGUAAGAUCUAAUUUAGUUGGAUCCCGUAGUUAGUACAAGCUCUUAACAUAAAUAAUUGUGUGGAGGGAGUAGUGUUACAGUCCAAGAAAACUCGUAAAAUGCUCUAUUUUUUCGAUUUAGUGACAAAGAGACACUGAUCUGGUUGAGCUCCUUUUGUAUGGUGGCCAGAAGGCAUUUUUUAUUAUUCUAGUUCUGGCAUUUAACCUUGUAAAUAAACAACUAGUCAACUAUGUCUAUGGAAUGUUCUUAC